GAAAAUUUCAUUUGUGAUCUGCUUAAUAUACCUUGGCAAACAAUAGAAACCAUUAAUGAUCCUAAUUUGGCCUGGAAGGCGUGGGAAAAUAAUUUUAAUGAGGUUUUAGAUAGGCAUGCGCCUCUGAGACUUCAGCGUAUACGGCAUACCGCAAUUCCAUGGCUAAAUUCGAACAUUAAAAAAAUGAUGCGUAAUCGUGAUUAUCAUAAAAAACAAUCAAUUAAAUAUGGCUCUGAGUACCACUGGAGACUUUAUCAGGCCUCCAGGAACAGAGUCAAUAUUGAAAUUCGGAAAAGUAAAUCUCGCUAUUACUGCCAAAAAAUUGGCGAAUGUAAUAAGAACGAUCCAAAAACUACUUGGAAACUAAUUAAUUCUCUUAUUGGUCGUGCCAGCAAAACAAAACAUGUUAAUGAAAUUGAAAUUGACGAUGAAAUUAUUCGCAACGAUGAAAAUAUAUCUGAAGCUUUUAAUGAAUUCUUUAUUAAUAUUGGGCCUAAACUAGCCUCUGAAGUUUCAAAUCAGUCAACAAAUAAGGUUGAAACUUAUUUGGAAAACAACAAGUUAAUUAUUCCAUCCUUUCGUUUUAUGUUUAUUCCAGUGGACAAUGUUUUGAAAACUCUAAGACAUCUAAAUGUUUCGAAAGGCGCCGGUCUUGAUAAAAUUCCGGCUAAAAUGCUACGCAUUGCUGCAGAUAUAAUUGCACCCUCUUUAACUUAUAUUUUUAAUCUAUCACUUUCAACUGGAGUGUUUGUAGAAAAUUGGAAAUAUGCGAAAGUUAUACCGAUUUAUAAGGAAGGCAACAAACGAACUUUGGGAAAUUAUAGACCAAUAUCAAUUCUACCGAUAAUAAGUAAGGUUUUCGAAAAAGAAAUCUUUACACAACUUUACAAACAUUUAAACGAAAAUUGCCUUAUAUCCAAAUUCCAAUCCGGAUUUCGACCAGGGCACUCUACAAUUACAGCUCUAAUUCAAAUGUGUGAUAACUGGUACGAAAAUAUGGAUAAUGGCAAGUUAACAGGGGUAGUUUUCCUUGAUAUCAGAAAAGCUUUCGAUUCAAUAGAUCAUGUUAUACUACUUGAAAAACUAGCCUUCUAUGGCGUUUCUCAACUUGAACUUGCAUGGUUUAAAUCCUACCUCUCAAAUCGGCAACAACAGUGUCAAGUAAAUGGCUGCCUCUCUAAUAAAGGUGAAAUAAUUUGCGGGGUUCCACAAGGUUCCAUACUUGGCCCGUUGUUGUUCCUAAUUUAUAUCAACGAUUUACCCAACUGUCUAAAGACAACAACACCCUGUCUAUACGCAGAUGAUACCCAAAUUUUCGCCUCUUCGUACGACUCUGUUGCGCUGGCUAAUGAUAUAAACUCUGAUUUAGAAAAUGUCACAGAUUGGUUAAAUGUAAAUAAACUCCAAUCCCACCCUUCUAAGGCUAAGCUUAUUGUCAUAGGAUCUAAACAAAAUUUGACCAACAAAGUUGGUGAAUUGUACAACAGCAUUAUCAUGAACAAUAACGUAAUUUCACCUGUUGUCUCGAAUAAAUGUUUGGGAGUUGAUCUUGAUGAGAGAUUGACUUUUGACAUCAAUAUUGAAGAAAUAUGCAAGAAGAUCUGUUCAGGCAUAGGAGCAUUGAGGAGAAUUAAACCAUUCGUUCCGCAGACCUCUCUUGUUACAUUAUACAAAUCAUUAAUUCAACCGUAUUUUGAUUAUUGCUCUGCCAUGUGGGAUACAUGCGAUAACAUAUUAAAAGAUAAAUUUCAAAUAUUACAAAAUCGUGCGGCUAGGGUUAUCACUGGAGCAAGAUAUGAUGAUAGGAUUAGAUCAAGUGAUCUUUUGGAAGGUUUAGGAUGGGAUAAUCUACAUGUUAGGCGGGCUAAGUUGAAGAGUAUCCUAAUGUAUAAAAUCCUUAAUGAAAAUUGUUCGCCAUGUUUAAGAGAAAGCCUUGUAAGACUUAGUGAACUUAAUAGACGCCAUAAUUUACGAAAUCAGGAAACGGAUCUAGCACUUCCAAAACCAAAAACUAAUUUUUUGAAGAGAAGCUUUAAAUAUAGCGCAUCAAUGCUGUGGAAUAAUCUUCCAUUAGAUGCAAAAAGAGCGACUUCGCUCAGUCAAUUUAAGCGUAGUAUUGCGGAACUGCCCUUUUAGAACCAUGUUGACUUAAUUAUAGUUAUCUCUCUUUAUUUACUUUACUUGACUUUAUUUUUCUCAAUUUGUUGUUGGGGGGAGGUUGGGGGGUUCAUAUAAUAUUCCAUAUAUUCUACUGUUUUAUAUAUCACGCCCCUCCUGUAAAUCAGCUUUUAGUUGUGCGAGGCUAGCGUGUUCUUGAUUUUAAAUAAAAUUGAUUGAUGAUGAUGAUGAUGAUGAAAUGUAGGAGUUCGUCCGCUUGUUUCGCCAAUUUAGUACAGACGCCUCGAUGUCCGCCUCGCUUCGCUCUUAAUCGGUCUAAAUUCUCUUUCGAUUCGGUCAUAAUUUCGAUUGGAUUCAACUUGUUACGUUUUCAAGUUGCCCCACGUUGGGCGCCAUGUAAUAAAUAUCGUAAAUCGCUUAUAAAUCGCUCGUAAUUCGCUCGUAAAUCGCUAUGAACUCCUUCGUAUAAACAACAAUGAAACAAUAUUUAUACUUCGAAGCAAUACAAAAUUACAAUAACAAAGCAAUUACGUUCAUGAUUGACAGUUAAUACAACCAAUUUAUAGUUAAUUAUAGCAUAAUGUCUCUGUCUGAUAAUGUAAACGAUAUAUUAAAAUGUUAAUAAUUACUCUGUUCAUAACAGCUAAUCAUUUUAACAGUUCAUGGAAUCAUGCUCCACUACAGCUGGAUGAUUUAUCCUCCUCCCACCCCCCACUCCUCACUCGAUUGGGGCUAGUUGUAUGAACUGAUACAUGCAUGACUGUAUAUGAAUAGAAGGCAUACUUGUAGAUCGUCUAUAGUAAUGUUGGGAUUAAUUUAUCUUUUUCUAGAUUGGCAUCGCCCCACAAUUGGAGAAACAACAAAAUUAAAAUUCAAGGAGGAAGAAAUGGAAAUAAAUAAUACAACAUCCAACUACAUUAAAGAGUGUUCAAUAGCCGGCUACACACAUGUUGUUAUUGUGGAAUUUCCUUCAAGUGAAUAUGUCGUCAACCAAGUCAUUACAUCUGUUGCCAUGUUUAUAUUAAUGAUUCCUGUGAUACUUUUGAACGGUAUUACAGUUCUUACAAUCUGGAAAAGUCAGCACAUGAGAGCGAAG